UUCACUCUCCUUUGUCAACCCUCAUUGUCUUGUCGCUUGGUGUUCGUUUUGUUAUUAUAAUCAUGUGGUGUACCUUUUGCGACUCCAAUGCACGAGGGUCUCCCCGAGAAUAAAGAUCGCAGCGCACGGAAUCACUCCUCCGCAAACAUGAGUGGGGAAGUCGUGGACUACGCCAAUGAGAAAGAAUGGAGGAGGACAUUGAAGCAGAACCCUAGGCUCAAAAUGCACGAGAUAAUUGAGGCAUUAGGCCUUCGGACAAACAAAAACCAAGGCAAACGAGGCAAGACCAACUUCGACAACCCGGAGGUUAGAGCGCUGGUUUCGGAUAUCGAUCGCGUAGUGGGAAUUAUACCGGACGAUCCCGAAGACCUUAUCACCUUCAUAUCUUCUCCCAACAGUCUUAGUGACGAACUGGAUCAGCUACUGAGCAAACAUGGCUCAAAAAUCUGGGGGCGUUCAGGUUCAAGACCUCACCUCCUGCGAGCAGGAACGCCACGUGUAAACGCGGAAUUAUAUCCAAGAGAUUUAUUCUUCGAGGAUGAGGAUGACCGGCGGACUAUACGAGUCUUACUCCACUGGUGGAUAGGACAAAAGGCCUCCAACGUGAUAUUUGCUCGUGAGCGGUAUGCUCGUAAACGGCGGGAGAGGAACGAAGACAGUGUCGGCAACCUUUCGAAUGACACAGUUGGUGAACUUCUGAAUAACAGCGAAAUAUCCACUGGAGUCGCAACAACAUCCACCCCAUCACCACACCUGGCACUUGGAAGUGAGGUGCAGACGCCAAUUCAGGUAUUGCAAGAUCAAGGACGCUCGACUAGUUGUAGUCCAUCACUAGCAAGUGACAGUCCGCCGAUAUCAAGACACAGUCCUAACCCCAACGAGCAUGGCCCUCCGAUCGGAUACAAUAGCCUCACAUUAAGGGAAAGAAAUAAUGCACCCACCCACGUAAAUACUCUAUCGCAAAUGGAUUCUCGCCAAGCCGCAUCAGACCUUGCAGCAUUCGCAUCAAACUUGUUCUUGGAUGAUCGCGAGGUCCAAAAUGUACAUGAACAUGGCUUGGCUGUGAACGCAAUCCCACAAACAGAAUCACACAACGACCAUGCUCGGUUUGGAGGCAACCCUGCCCUUCGCUCGCUUGAUACGGAGACUCUACAGGCGUUGCGUACAUACGUAUACCCAUCUGAAGCCGGCCAGCAAAUGGAUGAAGACCUUCUCCUACUCCGCCUAGAGAAGGCUUGGAGGGACAUUGCAAGGACUAACUACAAUCGGCUGUUACAUAGCCCAAUCCUGUUUGCUGCUAGAGAUGAGGCGUUCCUAACGUGGAUCGAAAUUCGAAGGACUUUCCUAGGAGCUAUCCGUAUUAUCGACGGGAAUGCGAAACUAGACAAGGAACUGGCUAUUGGCCUUGCGAAUUCAUUUCAAAGGCUAUGCCGUUCUUGGCAGAGGAUCGGUGAAGGACUUAACGUGCUUUGGGCACCGAAAAUGUCCGCAAACGAGUUGUUGGUGCAGGCCUUCAUUAUGCUUGCUGGGUCAAAUAAUACUGCAGAUAUGAUUUGGGGUCCAGUGAAUGCCCUUAAUCACGACGGCCGGAUCGACGCGCAGACUUUAGGAGUGCCUGGAGAAGAGGAGCAGGCAACCAAACUUUUCUAUGUAGAUAAUUAGGUUCUUUGGACAGUUCACACAAGUACGGAGAGCUGAGCAUUGGCGUGUCAUCAUGGGGAGCACAUACCCGAAAGCUAG